AUGGCUCCACAAGUCUUUCACGAUCUCAUCAUGACUCUCAUUCCAGUUCAGGGGGACAUUGUAUGGCCAUCCUUGAACACCAUCCUCCUGGGCACGGGAGCAACCGUUUUGCUCCGUGCCGUUUACUUGCUCUACCUGCAUCCGCUAGCAGGCAUUCCAGGGCCCCGUCGAGCUGCAUUAUCCAAUUUGUGGCUCUAUAGCGUGAGUAAGGCUGGUCAUGCACCUGAAAGAUUUAUAGAAUUACAUCGCAAGUACAACUCAAACCUUCUUCGCAUUGGUCCCAAUGAGAUCCACAUUUUGGACUCGUCACAAUACCACACCAUCUAUUCUCAAGAUCACGCCUUUUUGAAGGAUUCUGCCUUUUACGACGGAUUUCUCCUACCACACUCCGUCACUACGGAACCAGACAAAAUGCUGCACCGGGCCCGGCGCAAGAAACUUUCGGUCUUCUUUUCCAAGGCAUCAAUUUCCAGCUUCCAGCACUUAAUUUAUGACAAGCUCGACAAGCUCUGUGAGAUGAUCAGCGAACAUGCUGAUGGUAAACCAUUACAAUUUUCAAACGCGAUCAGAUGCGCGACAGUAGAUAUUAUAUCAGAAGUCUCAUUCGGCGAAUCCCUUGGCCAGCUGGACGAAGCCGAGGGCCCAGGGUUCGAGACCAAUUUUCUCAAGGUCCUAGAUGUGAUGUUGAGUGGCCCAUGGGAGCUUAUAUAUUUCCCGGUCCUCCGGAAAGUCAUGUCCAAGGCGCCACUCUCAUUUCAAGCAGCGGUAGGUGGUGCCAAUGGACGUGCCGCCCGAUUCGCCUACUUGAUUAUAAACAUCCUCCGCAAUUACUUCCAAACCAAGGAGCCCAUCGGUACCGUCGCAGCUGGUGACCGACGGAUGGUUGUCUUUGACGCAAUCAAAGAUCUUGAGUACACUGAUCUUGUGGCUGAGGCCCAAAACAUCAUUAUUGCCGGUUCUGACACUACCGCCACUACACUCACCGUCGCUUUCUUGCAAAUGCUGAAAAGUCCGCCUGUGUAUAACGCACUGAAGAAGGAAAUCCGCGAGGCAAACCUCCUGACGGAGCAGGACUUUGACUUGCUCGCUUUAGAGCGACUUCCAUAUCUGGAGUCCUACCAACCAGACGGUUGGUGA